AUGAUGUUUGGAUUGACUAUUCUUCUUCUACUAAUCGCAGUGUGCUCUUCAGCACCUUUAUCAACACCACAAAAACAUGAUCCAGAUUGUGAUUUAAAUAUUACUCAACUGAUUCAAAGUAAAGGUUAUCCUUGCGAAGAACAUAAAGUAUUAACAAAAGAUGGUUACAUUUUGGGCGUUUUUCGUAUUUCACAUGGGCGAAACUCAUCAUCAUCAUCGACAGCAGUAACACGUCGACCAGUACUACUUCAGCAUGGUCUUCUUGAUACAGCUACAACAUGGGUAAUGAAUUUGCCUAAUCAAAGUCUAGGUUAUAUUCUUUCUGACGCCGGCUAUGAUGUAUGGCUUGGUAAUAUGCGUGGAAAUCAUUUUUCACGUGCUCAUACGAAAUAUGAUCCUGAUCAUGAUGACGAAUUCUGGGACUUCAGUUGGGAUGAUAUGGCACGUGAUGAUCUACCAUCGAUGAUAAGUUAUAUUUUGAAUGUAACAAAAUAUACACAGAUUGCUUACGUUGGACAUUCACAAGGAACAAUGAUUGCAUUUGCUCAAUUCGGUCAUAUAGAUAGUAAUCUGCAAAAUAAUAUUAGUUUUUGGGCAGCUUUAGCACCUGUGGCACAUAUAGGACAUAUAAAAUCGCCAAUAAAAUAUUUGGCAUCAGCAGCUGUUGUAAAAGAUAUUGAACGUUAUUGGCAUUUAUUAUUUGGUAGCGAUGAAUUUCUACCAUCAUCUUAUAUGCUUACUUGGCUUGGAACAUAUGCAUGUGGAGAAAUUAUUGUAGAGCAUGCAGUUUGUAAAAAUAUUUUAUUUAUUUUAUGUGGACCAGAAAUAAAAAAUAUGAAUGAUUCAAGAAUUCCUGUUUAUUUAGCGCAUGAACCUGGUGGUACAUCUGUAAAAAAUAUGGUUCACUAUGCUCAAAGUAUUCGAUCAAAUCUAUUUCAAUCCUAUGAUUAUGGUUCACCAGAAGAUAAUGAAUUACAUUAUAAUCAAACAACGCCACCAAUGUAUUCUAUUAGUCCGAUAAAAAUACCGACAGCCAUAUUUUGGUCAGGUGACGAUUGGCUUGCUGAUCCAGUUGAUGUAUCCUAUAUUUUUGAUAAUUUACGAAGUCUAGUUUACGAGAAAUACAUUCCAGAUUACAAUCAUUUAGAUUUUGUUUGGUCUAUUUCAGCAAAUAAAAUCAUUUAUACAGAUCUAAUUGAUCAAAUGCAAAAAUAUCAUCCACCAAAUUGA